AUUAUUUUGAAAUCAUGCAGAAAAUAAAAAAACAAUUAAUAUUCGAAUUUGAUACUGGAUUUUCAAAAAAGCCCGUGUGGCAUUCCAAUGUGGAACAUUAACAAAAAAUGUUGUACAAAUAUAUUAUCGCUGUAAUCGCUUUCGGGUAUCCCCUGGUGGUCAUUCAGUCGGCCCAGCGCCGUUUCGAUUUGGAGGUCCAGGAAUACCAUUGCACCAAUCGCACAUCUUUGGUGCGCCAAUUGCACUGCAAUCUAACCAAAAUUGCCAAUGGACGUUACUAUGCCGAUUUUCUCUUUGAAAUAACCCGAAACUUGGACAAAGAAGCCCGCAUCCAAUUCACCUCCUACUACACACCACAAAAUGCCAAGAGGGCGGUGAAAUUUGUCGAUCUCAAUAUGAAAGUGUGCGAUGUGCUGUCGCAAUCCAUGACUCUGCCGUUGAUAAAAACGAUUAUAAACGAAGUGAGAAAGACCAGCAAUUUACCCUAUGCCUGUCCCAUAAAGGGGAAUUUCACAUAUAAAUUUGUCAACUUGACCUUGGAUGCCAACAUCCUGCCCACCUACACACCACUCAUAUCGUAUAACUUUUCUACCAAAUUUUAUGAACAUCAAAAACUGCUGGCCAUAUUGGAUGUGUCGGGAGCAACGGUUGCACGUUCGAAGGGAAAGUAAUUUUGCAAGGUGGAAAAUUUUUCGAAAUUUGGAUUUUUUUGCGAAAAUACAGUUUUCAAAAGAGUUUGCAUAUUAUA